AUGGCGGCCGGGGUGAGGGCGGCGGCCGGGCCCAACUGGUGGUUUCCUCCAACCAACAACCCCCAACCUCAAGUUAAGCUUAAGCAGCCCCAAUGGCCAGAGCCCCAGUGGCCACAGCAGCAAAUUCCCCAGAAACCACAACAGCGGACUCCCCAGAGGCCAGAGUCCCAGGGGCCACAGCUGCAGACUCCCCAGAAGCCACAUCAGCAAACUCCCCAGAGGCCAGAGCCCCAGGGGCCACAUCAGCAAACUCCCCAGAGGCCAGAGCCCCAGGGGCCACAACAGCAGACUCCUCAGAGACCAGAGUCCAAGGGGCCACAGCAGCAAACUCCCCAGAGACCCGCGCCCCAGUGGCCACAGCCCCAUGGACCACAGCUGCAGACUCCUCAGUGGCCCCAGCUGCAGACUCCUGAGUGGCCACAGCUGCAGAAUCCCCAGAGACCAGAGCCCCAGGGGCCACAGCUACAGACUCCCCAGAGACCAGAGCCCCAUGGACCACAGUUGCAGACUCCCCAGUGGCCACAGCUGCAGACUCCCCAGGGGCCACUGCUGCAAACUCCCCAGAGACCAGAGCCCCAGGGGCCACAGCUGCUGACACCCCAGGGACCAGAGACACAGGGGCCACAGCUACAGACUCCCCAGGCACCGGCACCCCAGGGGCCACAGCUGCAGACUCCCCAGAGACCAGCGUCCCAGGGGCCACAGCUGCAGGCUCACCAGGGGCCACAGCUACAGACUCCCCAGGAACCAGCACCCCAGGGGCCACAACUGCAGACUCCCCAGAGACCAGCGCCCCUUGGGCCACAGCUGCAGACUCCUCAGUGGCCCCAGCUGCAGACUCCUCAGUGGCCACAGCUGCAGAAUCCCCAGAGACCAGAGCCCCAGGGGCCACAGCUACAGACUCCCCAGAGACCAGAGCCCCAUGGACCACAGUUGAAUACUCCCCAGUGGCCACAGCUGCAGACUCCCCAGGGGCCACAGCUGCAAACUCCCCAGAGACCAGAGCCCCAGGUGCCACAGCUGCUGACACCCCAGGGACCAGAGACACAGGGGCCACAGCUACAGACUCCCCAGGCACCGGCACCCCAGGGGCCACAGCUGCAGACUCCCCAGAGACCAGCGUCCCAGGGGCCACAGCUGCAGGCUCCCCAGGGACCAGAGCCCCAGGGGCCACGGCUGCAGGCUCCCCAGGGGCCACAGCUACAGACUCCCCAGGAACCAGCACCCCAGGGGCCACAACUGCAGACUCCCCAGAGACCAGCGCCCCAGGGGCCACAGCUGCAGACUCCCCAGAGAAUAGAGACCCAGGGGCCACAGCUGCUGACUCCCCAGAGUCCGGUGCCCCAGGCGCCACAGCUGCAGACUCCCCAGAGAACAGCGCCCCAGGGGCCACAGCAACAGACUCCCCAGAGACCAGAGCCCCAGGGGCCACAGCAGCAAACCACCCAGAGACCAGAGCUCCAGAGACCACAGCUACAGACUCCCCAGUGGCCACAGCUACAGAUUCCCCAGGCGCCACAGCUACAGACCCCCCAGAGACCAGAGCCCCAGGGGCCACAGCUGCAGACUCCCCAGAGACCAGAGCCCCAGCUGCAGACUCCCCAGAGACCAGAGCUCCAGGGGCUACAGCUGCAGGGGCCACAGCUGCAAACUCCCCAGAGACCAGAGCCCCAGGGGCCACAGCUGCUGACACCCCAGGGACCAGAGACACAGGGGCCACAGCUGCAGGCUCCCCAGGCACCGGCACCCCAGGGGCCACAGCUACAGACUCCCCAGGUGCCACAGCUACAGACUCCCCAGAGACCAGAGCCCCAGCUGCAGACUCCCCAGAGACCAGAGCUGCAGGGGCCACAGCUGCAAACUCCCCAGAGACCAGAGCCCCAGGGGCCACAGCUGCUGACACCCCAGGGACCAGCGACACAGGGGCCACAGCUACAGACUCCCCAGAGACCAGAGCCCCAGGGGCCACAGCUGCAGACUCCCCAGAGACCAGAGCUCCAGGGGCUACAACUGCAGGGGCCACAGCUGCAAACUCCCCAGAGACCAGAGCUCCAGGGGCUACAGCUGCAGGGGCCACAGCUGCAAACUCCCCAGAGACCAGAGCCCCAGGGGCCACAGCUGCUGACACCCCAGGGACCAGAGACACAGGGGCCACAGCUACAGACUCCCCAGAGACCAGAGCUCCAGGGGCUACAACUCCAGGGGCCACAGCAGCAAACCACCCAGAGACCAGAGCCCCAGGGGCCACAGCUGCAGACUCCCCAGAGACCAGAGCUCCAGGGGCUACAACUCCAGGGGCCACAGCAGCAAACCACCCAGGCACCGGCACCCCAGGGGCCACAGCUACAGACUCCCCAGGCGCCACAGCUACAGACUCCCCAGAGACCAGAGCCCCAGCUGCAGACUCCCCAGAGACCAGAGCCCCAGUGGCCACAGCCCCAGAGACCACAGCUACAGACUCCCCAGGCGCCACAGCUACAGACUCCCCAGGCGCCACAGCUACAGACUUCCCAGGCGCCACAGCUGCAGACUCCCCAAGGUCCACAGCUACAGACUCCCCAGGCGCCACAGCUGCAGACUCCCCAGGGCCCGGCGCAGCAGCUGCAUACUCCCCAAGGUCCACAGCUACAGACUCCCCAGGCGCCACAGCUGCAGACUCUCCAGGGGCCAGAGCCCCAAGGUCCACAGCUACAGACUCUCCAGGGGCCAGAGCCACAAGGUCCACAUAAACAAACUCCCCAGUGGCCAGCAGUAACUAAAACUCAAAAUCCGAGAUGCCAAGUCGAGUCUAAGGAUACAGUGCAAUGUGGAACCUCUAAAAUUACUUUGGCUCAAUGUGAGGCUAUCGACUGCUGCUUCAAUGGACAGCAGUGCUACUAUGGGAAGGCAGUGACUGUGCAGUGUACCAUGGAUGCUCAGUUUGUGGUGGUGGUGGCCAGGAAUGCCACUUGGCCCAAAAUAGACAUUGAUACCAUCAUUCUGCUGGGGGGAAACAACGGCCCCUGCAGUCCUGUUGGCAUCACUUCAGCCUUUGCCAUAUACCAGUUCCCUGUCACAGCCUGUGGAACCACUCUGAAGGAGGAAAAUGGUUAUAUGGUUUAUGAGAACAGGAUGGUGUCUUCCUAUGAAGUGGGGGUCGUACCCCAAGGCGCCAUCACCAGAGACAGCCAAUUUGAGCUGCUGUUCCAGUGUAAGUACUCCAAUACUGCGGUGAAGGCUCUGGUUAUUGAGGUGAACAGUGUUCCUGCACCUGCUCCGGUUGCUGUUAUGGGACCGCUCAGAUUGGAACUCAGACUGGCCAAAGGAACUUGUGACACCAAGACAUGUAAAGAUGAGUCCAGUGCCUUCACAUCGUUUUACACUGAGGAAGACUACCCUCUCACUAAAGUCCUGAGACAACCUGUAUACGUUGAGGUGCGCAUCCUGGAGAAGAAGGAUCCCAACCUGGUCCUAUUGCUGCAGCGCUGCUGGACCACCUCUGACCACAGCCUUGUCAGCAUGCCCCAGUGGGACCUCCUCAUUGAAAAAUGUUCCGAACAGAAUGAUAAGUACCAGACCACCAUGGUCCCUGUGGAACUCUCCUCUGGCCUUCUGUACCCCAGCCACUACAAACGCUUCAUCCUCAAGAUGUUUACCUUUGUGGAUCACACUCUGGCUCCCCGCAAAGAUACAAUUUUCAUCCACUGUAGUGCAUCUUUGUGCUACCCUACUCCAUGGGACUCCUGUGAACCAAAAUGCAACAAACAAAGAAGAUAUGUUGCUUGGAAGAAGACGAGGCAAACUGCUGUGGUCUCCAGUGGAGAAGUGGUCCUGGUUGACAAAAAGCCAGCCUAGCCUUCAAACUACUGAUACUAGCAACAGUUUGUAGCAGGAUAUGAAAUGAUGUACUCCGUCCUUCCAUACCCAUUACAGGGUAGGUAUUGAAAAGCACUGGCAGUACUUUUUCU